AUGGAAGAGCCGCGUACCAAAAGCACAGCGCAGUCCGGGCCGUCGGCAUCAGCCCCAAGCGCAACGCGUAAAAAGUCACGCAGAGGUGCCGAUGCUGCCGGUCAGAAAAGGCGAUGUGUGAGCACAGCAUGCAUAGCGUGCCGAAAACGCAAGUCGAAGUGCGAUGGUGCUCUUCCUAGCUGUGCUGCAUGCUCAAGCGUGUACGGAACUGAGUGUGUUUAUGAUCCAAAUUCAGAUCAUCGCAGGAAAGGCGUUUACCGUGAAAAGGUUGACAGCAUGAAAGCACAAAAUUCAACGCUGCAAAUUUUGAUCGAGGCCAUUCUGAACGCUGAAGAGGAGGAUGUAUCCGGCAUUGUUCAGAGAAUUCGUACCUGCAAUAGUCUUGACGCUGUCGCUGAAGAUAUCAUCAAACAUCAGCAACACCAGCAGCAAAUACCACAAUCGGAGGUGCCGCCGGCCAAUGACGAUUCUGAUGAUUAUGAACAAUCCACUGAAAACUAUACUACCGAUCAGCCCGUGCAGGGCGAAAGAGAUCUAGCUCGCAAGAUGGGCGAACUCAGGCUCGAGAAUGGCAAUGUUCGCUUCAUCGGAGGCACCUCUCAUCUGAUUUACUUGAGUGACCCAACUCAUGAAGGAGAGCUCGAGCCAAAUUUUGAUGAUUAUACCACGGGAGAGGACCCCAUCACAUCCUGGACUCGUGUCACCCAAGAUUCCCAACUCAUUACUCACCUAAUCAAUAUGUACUUCGAUUGGCACUACCCCUAUUUCACAACCCUUUCGAAGAAAAUGUUCUUCCAAGACUUUUUGAGGGGCAAAGCCGGACUGGGAAGAGGAACUGCAUACUGCUCCUCUCUCUUAGUCAAUGCCAUGCUCGCAUUAGGUUGCCACUUUACAAGUGUAGCUGGUGCCUAUGGUACACCUGGAGAUAGUAGGACAAAAGGCGAUCACUUUUUUGCCGAAGCAAAACGGCUGAUUCAUGAAAACGACGAGUACGAGAAGCCUCGCUUGGUUACCGUUCAAGCAUUGGCCCUUAUGUCAGUGAGAGAAGCUGGGUGUGCCCGCGAAGCCAAGGGCUGGGUUUACAGCGGCAUGAGUUUCCGCAUGGCUGAAGACAUUGGCCUUAACCUGGACGUAGGCCAGCUCGACAAAGAACGAAUGAGCGAUUAUGAGAUUGAUGCCAGGCGGAUCACAUUCUGGGGCUGCUAUCUAUUUGAUAAGUGCUGGUCGAACUAUCUUGGCCGGCUCCCUCAAAUACCCAAAAGUUCAUUCAACGUCUCCAAGUUCGAUGUAUUCCCCGACGAGGAUGCAGAAACAUGGUCACCUUACACGGACAAUGGAUUCGAUCAGUCGUCUAAGCAGCCGGCACGAACACGCGCCAUUGCUCUUCAGAUGUCGAAGCUUUCCGAGAUCAGCAGCGAUUUGCUGACCUUCUUCUACCAUCCAAGUAAUAUUGGCAGGUCUAGCGGCAAGGCCGUGGAGCUCAAGAAGCUGAGUGAAUUGCAUCGUCGUUUGGAGGAAUGGCGAAAAGAGUUACCAAAGGAAUUCGAGCCCAAGGAUGGGCAAUUACCCAAUGUGCUUCUCAUGCACAUGUUCUUUCACCUACAAUACAUACACCUUUUCCGGCCCUUCUUGAAAUAUUCCCCUACAUCCUCACCACUUCCACCCCAUGUUUCACCACGUCGCAUCUGCACAGCAAAUGCUGGUGCUAUCUCAAAACUUCUACGAUUGUAUAAGAAACUCUGGAAUUUACGACAGAUUUGCAAUAUUGCAACUGCUCGAAGGGAUAUUACUCAUGGAGUUAAGCAUCUCGAAGAGAUUGCUGAAGAUUGGCUCUGUGCAAGGAGAACCUUGAGCAUUUUGAGCGUUCUUUCUCGAAAAUGGAACUGCGAGCUUCCAGAAGAUGCCGCAUUUGUUCUCCAUCGGGCCGACGAGAAGUAUGGAACAUACAGCACCUCUGAGGUUCCAUCGCCUCAUUCACAAGCGGGCGCUUCGCCUCUUUCUGAUGGUGGUCUGGGAGUGAAGGCAAUGGGCGAAUACAGCCCAUUUCCACAGUAUAACCGGGCCCAACUGGCUAGACCAAUGCAACAGCUUCAGCAACAGCAACCACAGCACCAGCCUCAACGAUCUGUGACGGAAGCUAUGAUGACAAGCUCUCCAUUACCGACCAACAUUCUUGCUCAGCAACAGGGUAUGCCUAUGAAUGGAGGCAAUGGGGGUUUUGGUUCCGAGACUAUGGGUGGAUGGACUUCUGUGCCUGUUACAUCAUCGAUGGCAGCUUACCAGUCGGCAUUCGCACCCAUAAACCGCAACAGCAUGGGGAACUCCGGCACAGGUGUUCCGCCUGUCAGCAAUCCUCCAACAUCUAACCGGUCGAUGAGGAUGGAUGGCCAAGAAUGGUUCUUGAAUGACAGUGCAAGGUGGCAUCAGAGCUUUGAGGCCUGGCAAAUGGCCAACAACGGACAGGACAAUUCCGUCUUCAUGUUUGGCGAUAGCGGCAAUCGAGACACUCCGAACUCCAACGCAGACGGGAACGCUAGUAUGCAAGCCGACACCAGCGAUCAGAUAGCCGCGUUGGACGGGUUAGGGGCGUCAUUAUCCCGGGGUGGGUGGCUUCCGGGCUUAGAUUAA